CCCCGUCCGGGACACGUGCCAUGAGACAGGCUGGAAGAAAUUAAGCUGGGACACACGGGAUCUGUUUUUGAGAAUGAGGAGGCACCGGGGCUCCUUUCCUGAAAGUGUAAUUCUGUCAGGGAGACCGGGAACACGCGUGCCUGGGCUGGGGUGAGGGAGGACGGGCUGAGAACGGGCACUUCUCGGUGCAGGUGCAGGGCUCGGUGGUGCCGGUGCUGUCCUGGCUUCACGGGUUUUCCCUCUCCCGCGCCGCAGCCGCUGCCGGUGCCGCCAUGAGGGCUGUGCUCUGGGACCUGCUGCUGCUCUGCCUCUUCGCCCGGGCCCGGGGCGACUGCCGGGGGGACUGCCUGCACUGCGACCGCCACCUCUACCGGGACAGCUUCGACGUCCUCGUCUGCAUCCUGGAGUGUGAAGGCGAAGCUGUGCCACGGGCCACUUGGGAGCUGUGUGCCGCUGCCGCUGGCCGACCCGCCCCACGGCCCCGCGACCUCCAGGACGCUGGCGAUCCCUGGCAUGACGCGGUGGCAGCUGUGCCGGUGAGCCCGCUGCAGGUAAGCGAGCUGCUGCGGCGACGGGAGGCCGAAGAUGAAGGUGUCGAAGAGGAGCCGGGAGCCUUCCUGCAGCCACCCGAGGACAUUUCCCGACGACUCGGCAGUUUCCCACGUGGGACACGUGGCUCGUGGCCGGCACCGAUGGCCAGGGGGGUGCAGAAGCGGUACGGGGGCUUCAUCGGGGUCCGCAAGUCGGCAAGGAAGUGGAACAACCAGAAGAGGUUUAGCGAGUUCCUGAAGCAGUACCUCGGCAUGUCACCCCGCUCCAGUGAGUACGACAUUGCCGGCGGCAUCAGCGAGCACAACGAGAUCUAAUGGAGACCCGCGCUGCCCGGCUAGCGUUCCGGCACCGCAUCCCAGCACCUUCCGCCAGGCACAGGCAAAACUAACCCUGCUCCUGUCCACCCCAGCAGCCUCCAUCCUCCCUCUGACGGACCCCAAAGCGCUUCAGACUCGCAUGCGGGCAGAAAAAAUCACUUUGCUCUUCACUCACUAAAGCCAGAUUUAAGCCGGAACCUGACGAAUUUCGGCCUCCACCGGUGACGGGAGUGAGAUGCCAUGGGGAGGGCGGGAGAAGAGCACGGGGGAGCGGGUGGGAAUUUGAGCAAAAUAAGGAAAAAAGGUGAAUUUUGAAAAAAAAAAAAAAAAUCAGAUUUUGGGUUGUUUUCUUUUUGCGUUGGCCACUGUCAAAAAGCCACCCUGGAUCCAGUGAAAAUCACCCCAUCUCACACUCCUGGUGCCUUCCCAGCAGUAGUUGGCAUUCCCUAGUUGGGGCUUACUGCUUUCCACAGGGUUUCAACUUUUCGGAUGGGGGAUGCCAAGGGGUCACGUCCCAUUGGGCUCCACGCUCGCACAUCCAACCUGAUGGCUACCACAGCAGUGACCAGCUCCAAACCCUGCACCCAGAAAACACCUGUCAAAGUCUGAUUAUUUUCAUUUUUCCCCAUUUUUUUUAUUUCCCCCCAUUUUUAAAGGUGUUUUCCUUGCUUUUUAAAGCCUCUGGGGUUGACUUCUUUGCUCAGCACCACCAACCGUGCGCGUGCCCUCCUCAUGUCUCCCCCUUGGCAUGCAUCAUGUCCCAGUCCCCGUGCCAGGAUGCGUUUUUUCCGUGUCGCUCCUAGGAGAAUCAUCAGAGCCAAUCGGUUCUCCUGCCUAAUUUGCCCCCCCCCCAAAACCAAAAUAAGACAAUAAAAGCAUAUCCUGGGAAUGACUUCGCUCAGGUCUCACCCACAGCGCUGCCCUUCACUGUUUGUACGAAACAAAUAGAAUAUAAUAAUCCCUAUGGAAAAGAAAAAAAAAAUCCUAAGAUCUUGUUCUUUUUAAUUGUUUCAUACAAAGAUUUCUCCAUUAAACUUGUACAUAGCAAAAGGAUUAAUAAAUCAGUUUACUGUUUCUACGAUA